UAGAAGUGGAAGUAGAGUAAUGGUGUCGGUUUUAAUGCUCUCAGCAUUGUUUUUCUCAGCUCUGUUUGAUCUGAUAGUGGUCAACUGUCAACAUUUGUAUUCAAACGCGCUAAACUCACAAGGCUUUUCUAAAGUCAUCUUCAUGCAUAUGAUGGAAAGCUACAUCAUAUCAUCUGCAUCCGAAGAAAUAAUCUCAUAUGAACCCGAGAAUUAUAGAUCACCAGUAGAGAUAUACUCAUAUCUCACCAAUGUUGGAGAACUUCACGACGAAAACGGUUGGGACUACCACUCUGACAGAGGCAUGCACCAGAGUGACUUGUUGGAAACUACCUCACAAGAGAGCCACCUGACAGAGCUCCAGAGUGUCCAUUCCCAACAACUCCUCCACCCCUAUCGCUACCCCGAUACCGACACCCUCCACCUGCCACUAGUAGACCCAGGACUGGGACCCCUAACCCUAACCUCACAGGUUAGUUCAACUCUAGUAGACCCAGGACUGGGACCCCUAACCCUAACCUCACAGGUUAGUUCAACUCUAGUAGACCCAGGACUGGGACCCCUAACCCUAACCUCACAGGUUAGUUCAACUCUAGUUGACCCAGGACUAGAACCCCUAACUCCACAGGUUAGUUCAACUCUAGUAGACCCAGGACUGGGACCCCUAACCCUAACCUCACAGAUGCCUUAUUGCAGCCGUACAGUGUACUACCAUCAGCAGGCUCCCGUGUCCCCUAGCCACUACUGCUCAGAGGAAGAGGGACCUGGGGGCCAUAGCCCCACCCUGGAGGUGUCUGAGGGAGAGGAGGACUACGGAGACCAUAUCCCCUCUGGGGGAGACUCCAGUAGCAAGAGGAAGAUCCGGCUGUACCAGUUCCUCCUGGAUCUGCUGAAGAAAGGAGACAUGAAGGAUAGCGUGUGGUGGGUGGAAAGAGAGAAAGGAAUCUUCCAGUUCUCUUCUAAACACAAGGAGACUCUGGCCAAUCGAUGGGGCAUGCAAAAAGGAAACAGGAAGAAGAUGACCUACCAGAAGAUGGCCAGGGCCCUGCGGAACUACAGCAAGACGGGAGAAAUCAAAAAAGUCAAGAAGAAACUGACCUACCAGUUCAGUUCAGAGGUACUGAGGAAAGUCUCAACUACAGAGAGGAGGCACUUCCCUCACUAAGGAUACCAGAGAUUGUUUAUGUAAUGGUUCUUUAUACAGGCUUUGGGUUUAGGUCUACCCUCACUGAUAUGCAUUGCAAAUAGGACAAUCAAAUCAAAAAUCUAAUUCGAUUGGUCACAUAAACAUGUUUAACAUAUGUUAUUGCGGGUGUAGCUAAAUGCUUGUGUUCUUAGCUCCAACAGUGCAGUAAUAUCUAACGAUACACAAAAAUACACACAAACCUAAAAGUUAUAAUGACUUUUCCCUGUUCACCCACGACUGCGUGGCCAAACACGACUCCAACACCAUCAUUAACCUUUCUGACGACACAACAGUGGUAGGCCUGAUCACCGACAACGACAAGACGGCCUAUAGGGAGAAGGUCAGAGAACUGGCAGUGUGGUGCCAGGACAACAACCUCUCCCUCAAUGUGAGCAAGACAAAGGAGCUGAUCGUGGACUACAGGAAAAGGCGGGCCGAACAGGCCCCCAUUAACAUCGACGGGGCUGUAGUGGAGCGGGUUGAGAGCUUCAAGUUCCUUGGUGUUCACAUCACCAACGAACUAUCAUGGUCCAAACACACCAAGACAGUCGUGAAGAGGGCAGGACAAAACCUUUCCCCCCUCAGAAGACUGAAAAGAUUUGGCAUAGGCCCCCAGAUCCUCAAAAGGUUCUACAGCUGCACCAUCUAGAGCAUCCUGACUGGUUGCAUCACCGCCUGGUAUGGCAACUGCUCGGCAUCUGACCGUAAGGCGCUACAGAGGGUAGUGCGAAGGGCCCAGUACAUCACUGUGGCCAAGCUUCCUGCCAUCCAGGACCUAUAUAAUAGGUGGUGUCAGAGGAAAGCCCAUACCAUUGUCAGAGAGUCCAGUCCCCCAAGUUAUAGACUGUUUUCUCUGCUACUGCACGGCAAGCAGUACCGGAGCACCAAGUCUAGGACCAAAAGUCUCCUCAACAACUUCUACCCCCAAGCCAUUAGACUGCUGAACAAUUUUUUUAAAUCGCCCCCGGACAAUUUACAUUGACACCCCCCGACUCGGGACCGGUGCCCCUGUAUAUAGCUGCGUUAUUGUUAUUCUUAUUGUGUUACUUUGUAUUAUUACUUUUUAUUUGAAACUACUUGGUAAAUAUUUUCUUCUUCUUGAACUGCACUGUUGGUUAAGGGCUUGUAAGUCAGCAUUUCACGGUAGAGUCUACACUUGUUGUAUUUGACGCCUAUGGCAAAUAAAGUUUGAUUUGAUUUGACUGUC